AUGCAUUGCGCCCUCGAAAAAUCAGAGACCGGUGAUGAAAACCAACCAGGACAAUUCAACGGCAAAUGUCGCUCUGGACGUAUUUUCAGCCGUGGAGACUCCGUCCUUGUCAGUGACUACUCAGUGAAUCACUGGAGUUCGGGGCUUAUAUUGCGACGAAGAGGGAACGUCGUCUAUGAGGUAGAUGUUGGCGGAACAGUAAAAACGAAUCUACCCUUAGACGUCCUCGAAACGUUCGAGCUGCAACCGGAAAAUGAGUCAGCAGAGUCGAACAUUGGCGUCAACCCAUCUCCGUUGCAAAGAAGAACUGAACAACGAAGAAUUCCAGUAAAACGGUUGCAGAUAGAUCCCAGGUUGAGAACAUACGAUUUGUCUCCAAAAGGGAGAAGUAAUUCGAAAACACUUUCCAUUCGGUGGCAUCACUGUCCUGUCACAGCCGUUCACUUUGUUUCGAAAACUAAACUCUUGAUAGGAUCAGCAAAUCAACUUCAGCUGUACGACAGUCAGAUAGGUCGUGUCAUUCAUACAUGGCAUUUCCGUCAGUUCACAACUAUCCACCAUCUGGAAUUGAAGAAUUGUGAGCCGUUUCCAUUUUUCAUGCUUAUUCUUGUCAAAGUCAGUGGAUCACAUUUUGCAAUCGCAGUUGGCGGAUGUCGAUUCUAUGCGGGUUUGGCGUCAGACUCCUCUCUUGAGAACAUCGCGCAACUCUGGACGGAAUAUUGUUGCGACAAUAUUGUACAUUGUUCCAUCAGCCUUUUGGAAGCGGACACUGUUUGCUUUUUCUAUCUCUCAGCGCAUGGUGAAAUAUUUCUAGUACGCACAAACACACACAUGAAGGAGGGUUUUGUUCGCAUUGGUGAGGUUACAACCUCCAGAGUGAAGUCAACCAUGUGCUAUUCAGGUGCUGUUGUGGGGGACUGUAGGUUGAAGGGUGAUUGCUUCAAAAGUGUUUCCUUCACCGGGUCUACGUUUGGAUGUAUAGAAAUCGACCAACAUGUAUUCCGCUUUUUGAACUCUUCUAGUUCUCCAGUUUGUACUACUUCACAUCAUACUUCUUUGAGCUGCCAGAAGGGCGCUGUAUUCUCCAUCGCUAUCGUCCACUCUACAUCAACCCGCUUCGUUCGUUUGGUGUCUGCUGCUGAAGAUAGAAGUAUUGCUAUAUGGACCAGAGCUUUGGAUGAUGUUGAGGAGAAGGAACUCACCGUGGACCGCUAUCUCGGACCUUGGGUUUUAUCCAACCUUCUUGUCGCUGGAAGUCCCGACGGAGAUGUGAUUUUUGAGGCCAGAAUAUGGAGAGUUUUUGCAAACGAUUUGGGACUACUCGCUUCGGGUGAGGAUUGUCGCAUAGUAUGGUACCCGUGGGACUCGCUGCAAAAGAAGAGGAUCAUUACAGGCGUCCAUCGUGGUCACGGUGUUUGGUGUGUGCAUGUGUGGACGCUGAAUAGCGAUGGAGAUCUACUCGUGGUUUCUGGUGGCAAUGAUGGUGCGGUCUGCAUUUCAGCUGUUCCGCACAAUCAGCUCAAAGAAACCUCAGUGUUUCUUUCACCACGACAUGCGAACGGACCAGAUAAUGUUGCAGCGACUGAAUCCCAGCUUCAGACUGCAGACCCCGGAAAUCACGAUUUUGUACGUUGUUUGUUCUUUGGUCCGACCGGACGUCUAUUCUAUCUCACGGACAGAGGCCACUUCCAUACCGCGGAGGUGUGUUGGUCAGAAAACCCGUCCUCAGCAGUCAUCACACUGAAGCCCUUAUUUUGUCGAGCAGUUGUCAAACAACUUCGGGGUGAAGUGAGUCAGAAUGAUGUUGAUGUCUUCCACUCUGCUGAGCCAGAUGAACUAGUGCAGUCAGAUGGCUCGCCCUCAAGUGGCCGCUUUUUCCGCGGUUACACAGUCUCAGCAACUAAUCGGUCUCAUACACUUACUGCGAUUGGGGACAAGCAAGGCCAACUGGGUUUAUUCCAAGUUCUGACUGAUACUCCCUACUUGGCGUGUACAGACUUGCGUCAGCUGGGUCGAAAAGUGAUGAACUUGACGUGGUUAGAUGAAUCAGAUCUUCUUAUCGGACUGCAAAACGGACCCGCGGUGUUACUUACCGUGGUCAGAUCUGUUGAGAAUUCCGGAUUAUUUAUCUUCUCGACUAAAAAAAGGUGUCUCUGCUUCCCUCCUGGAUCGGAAAUGAGGUGGGCCAGUACUGGUUGUGUUGUGCUUCGACCGUGCUCAGAUGGUCUGGAUUUAGUGACUACCGUAGUUGUUGGCACUCGCGAUGGAGGUUUGUAUUCGUACACUUCUUUGCAGGAUCAUUCGUUGCCCAGUUGUGAACAUCCGCAGUGGCUUAUGGAAUGUUGCCAUGGUCGAGGUGGUUGCACAACUUUGGCAACUGUUUUUACGGCUCCUUCGUUAUCCACAAUCAUCUCCUGCGGUCGAUCGCAUGGUGAACUCCGUCUCUGGCAUGUCACACUCGGAGGGAAUUUGGUUCUCAUCGGCCUCAUACCUAGCUGCAGUUCGCUGACCUGGGUUGACAGAUUUUACCAAACAGCGGAUAACUGCUUUUUUGCGCUGGGAUUUCAAUCGGCCAAUUUCAAAGCAUACUUGCUCGGCCAAAGUUGUGGGAAAGGAUACUCGUUCAGUCUCGAUCGCCUUAAUCGGCGCGCUCUCUUCCGAGUGAAUUGUGGUGGAGGUAAUCGGUACUGGGAGUGGUGGGUACCAACGAAAGAAACUGGACGAAAUCAGCAGAUGAUCACAAAGGAACCUACCAGCUCUUCUGAUACAUGUCUCAGGACGAGUCUACAGUGCUGCUCCUCCGGUAGAUUCCCAAUUUUGGCCACUGUACAUCGGGGCGAUGUAAUCCUACAUUCGUUCGUCCAGCGGACAGUUAGUCCUUCUCUGCCCUUUAGCCCGCUUUAUUUGCGGCCGAGUCUUCACGGACGAGACGUCAACUGUUGCCUGAUGUUCAGCGUCCCCCUGCCGGACGCUCACAUAAGUGAUCCGCUCACCGCCCUAUUCUGCUUUGCGGGUGGCGAAAGUACGGAUUUGUCAAGCUGGGCACUUAAGGCAGAUACUUUGGGACGAACAGAUGUCACUUAUCACUGUUCACCCGAGCAUCACCGCGGUCACAUAUCCAACAUCCGUUGUCUUAGUGUGCCAGUUAUACUGGAGACGCACAAAACAAUUGGCGUGAACGGGCUCAAUGGCUAUAUGAUAUCGGGCGGUGGUCGUGGACAGAUUGGUAUUUGGCGAAUCAAUCUUACCGAUUCCACGGAAUCCUCUUGGCGACCAGGGUGGCUUGGGUCCAUUAGACUUGCACUUGUAAAAUCCACAUUUACCAAGCAACAAGUGGAAUUCGGCUAUUCGGUUGACACAGGAACGCAAGAAUUUGCGGGUGACCAGUCUUCAUCUUCCAAAUCGAUUUCUCCCAGAGUUUGCCGGACCACCGAUCUGCGUGUCAUGGCUAUAGUAUCUGUGGAAAUCUGCCAACUGGACUGCUGUCGUGAACCUAUUGUGCUAACGGUUGCAGCUUGUUCUGAUGGUUCCAUUCGGCUCAUCGCCAUUCUCCCACCGACUGAAGUUCACCCUCGGUCUCCCAAGUUUAUUGAGCUGGGGGGUUUGCAUCAACUGGCAUCAAAUAAUGCCUGUCCUACUUUUACUCCAAAGUGCUAUUUAGAUAUGAAGCUUCUCGAAUCCAAGUGUAACCAGCUUGUUGUCAUCGCAUCAAACAGCGACGGCGAAUGUGAAUGCUGGUCUGUUCAGUGGUCCGAUAACCUACUCGAUGCAGAUGAGCUCAACGCAACAUUCCAGUGGUCACUGAUUAGCCGACCGGUUCAACCAUUUUACAAGGACACUCAUCCGGCAUUCAAUUGUCUUGACAUUGAGUCACAGAAACAAAUUUUGUUCGUUGGUGCUGAUGAUGGCAGCUUGCGUGUCGCGAGAAUUUCUUCCCAGUUUAACGAACCAAUACAACCUGAAUGGCUAAUCAGCGAAACGUGUCACUUCGCAGCAAUAGUCCGACUAGCCGUGCUUCCUACUACGGACCAAUUAAUGAUUUGGAACCGUGUUGUAACAUUGGCAGCUGAUCAUCGUCUGAUUCUUUGGCAGUUUAGCAUAGCUGGUAACCGAGAGACCGUUCUCAGGCCAUUACAACGCUCGAUUCUUCCAGGCAUUGGUGACCCCCAUGGACUAGCAUUGAAUAUCACGAUCACGGACGAUUCUUCAAAACGACCGAACUGGUUACUGGCCACGGGCAUCGGAAGCUUUCUUAUACAAAUAUAAAUACCUACUAUUUGUGUUUUGUACAUGCAGUUUUUGUAUUUUUUCCAGAAAUUUUCAAGUGAUAUUAUACCGGUUUGUACCACGUCGCAUUUGUU